AUGUCAUCGCACGGAUUCACGCCCGGCCGCAUUACUUUCAAAGACAGCCCGUUCUACACAAUCUUGGAGCAGCUCACUCCUACUGUAGAAUGCAAAAUACGCGAGCAAACGAGGGACAAUGUCGAGCUUAAAGUCGUCCUCUCCCCAACUGUAGCUUCAAGGUUGCAAGCUGAUCCCAAUCUUCGGGUAAUGGUUUAUUGCGCAGCGGACAGUGGCCUCAAUCAAUACACCAAGUCUGAUAUUGCUUUCCCUCACCAAGUUGAGCUCAAAGCGAAUUUGGACGAGGUCAAGGCUAAUCUGAAAGGCCUCAAGAAUAAGCCUGGUACAACGAGGCCCGCCGAUGUGACGAAUUACAUUCGCAAAAAACCUGGGUAUCCCAAUCAUAUUGUUAUGACUUAUGCGCUUACGCAAAAGGCAAGCACUGCAAGCCCACCCUUUCAGUCCCCACACAUCCUCUUUCCAUUUCAUCAUGUCAAUGCCCAUUAUCGCCACCCCAUUGAGGACCUUGUCUUGGAAUUGAAGACGAGGAAAACGAUCACAAAAGAGCAAGUAUUACGAGAAAUGAAGAAUAGAGCGGAUGAUUCCGACAUUGUUGCUACCUCCACUGUCAUGUCCUUAAAAUGUCCUCUUUCCACGCUGCGGAUCGAGGUUCCUUGUCGUACUGUCAUCUGCACCCAUAACCAGUGUUUUGAUGCAUCAUCGUUCUUACAGUUGCAGGAACAAGCGCCGACAUGGUCAUGUCCGGUUUGUUCCAAGGCCACGAGCUACGAAUCAUUGCAAGUUGAUCAAUAUGUUGAUGAUAUACUUCAUUCCACGUCACCGGAUGUGGAACAGGUCAUUAUUGAACCGGAUGGGAAGUGGUCGAGUCCAAAGGGGGACGAGUUCAAAGGUGCUGGUGGCGUCACUCCGGCGACAGACGACGAGGACGAGCUGGUCGAGAUCAAAGAACCUGGAAUUGUGCAUGUGAAGCAGGAGUCACUCUCAGCAUCAGGCCUCUCCCUAGAGCGGACACCGGCUCAAUCACGGGAGCCGUCAGCAACAUCAUCUGCAGCGCGUCUGUCCACUAACAAACGCUCAGCAGCCCAAGUGAUCGAUCUGACUGGUAGUGACGAUGACGGCGAGCUUUCCCCAGUCAGACCAGCUAAGCGUCUGGCAUCAAAUGCUCACCACCGGGCUUAUUCUCGACCAGAAUUUCGUAACUCGUUUAGCAGUGGGCUUGUAAACGGAGGAAAUCUCUCCUUUACAAACCAGACUAAUCCGAAAUCACCUAGACAUACUGGUGGUUAUGAUGCAUGA